AUGGGUAAAAAUAAACCCACACUUGAACGUGAAAAGGAUCCGGAAUAUUGGUAUUCAUCGGCCAAGCGGGAAGUGAAUAAAUUAUUUGAAGAAAGUUUCUACAACUACAACAAAGCUAAAAAUAUAAUUUUCUUUAUUGGUGAUGGCAUGGCAUUGAAUACCCUGACAGCUACACGUAUACGUAAGGGUCAAUUAAAGGGUAACCCGGGAGAAGAGGAAUCACUUAGCUUUCAGAAAUUUCCCCAUACAGGAUUGAUAAAAACCUACUGUACCAAUUCCCAGGUACCCGAUUCGGCGUGUACAGCCACAGCUUACCUGUGUGGUAUAAAAACAUCCAUUACCUCCAUUGGUGUAACGGCAAAUGUGGCUCCUAACAAUUGCACCAUGAGUAUGGAUCCUGCCAAUCAUGUGGAAUCAAUUGCUGAUUGGGCUCAACGGGCUGGCAAGUCCACGGGUUUUAUUACCACCACUUCCCUGACACAUGCCAGUCCUUCGGGUUUAUAUGCCAAGGUGGCUAGCCGUUUUUGGGAAUGUGAUGCAGAUAUUCCUCGAGAUGUCCAUCGGCAAGGUUACUGUAUGGAUAUGGCUCAGCAGUUAAUUAAACAAAAACCUGGAAGUAACUUCGAUAUAAUGAUGGGUGGUGGCAUGGGAAAAUUCUUACCUCGAACAAUGAAAGAUGCCCAUGGGAAUCCAGGAGAACGUUUAGAUGGUCUGGAUUUAUUGCAACUUUGGAAAGAACUACAUCCAGAGGGGACUUUAGUCACGAAUCGUGACGAUUUGUUAAAUAUAAAUAUCACACAAGUAACAAAAAUUAUGGGCAUCUUUGCCUCCAAACUUAUGAAUUUCCAUGCCCUGGCAAAUCCGGUCAAGGAACCCACAUUAGCUGAAAUGAUAGAGGCCGCAUUGAAAUCUUUUCGUUACAAUGACAAGGGUUAUUUUCUAUUCGUUGAAGGUGGUCUAAUCGAUUAUGCCAAUCAUUUUAAUAAACCCUUUGUUGCUCUAGACGAAACUUUGGAAUUCGAAAAGGCCAUCGAUGUGGCAUUGUCGUUGACAAAUCCGGAGGAAACAUUGAUUGUGGUAUCUUCGGAUCAUAGUCACCCCAUGACAAUAGCUGGUUAUCCUGGACGUGGUACAGAUAUCUUGGGUUUAAAUCAACACGAUGUCGAUAGUAAUGGUGUGAAAUAUACAACGUUAACUUAUGCCGUUGGUCCCCAGCAGUAUUUGGAUGAAAAUGGUCAACGUGUCAAUUUGGAAGGAAUCAUCAAAGAGGAUGCAAGCUUCACACAUCCCAGCCAGAUACCUUCAUCUAUUGGAACGCAUGCCGGAGAUGAUGUUGGAAUUUUUGCUACUGGUCCCCACGCACAUUUAUUCCGUGGAGUUAUGGAACAACAUACGAUACCACAUUUGAUGGCAUAUGCAGCAGAACUUGACAAAUUCAUGAAUACAAAUUCAUAA